GGAGGAGGGUGAUGGUCAGUGAAGCUCUUCCGUCCGUCUCCAGAGAGGGCAGCGUCCGCAGUGAGCCUCCGGUGAAAUCCCGAGAGGGGGGCUUCUGGGCUGGUCUUCCUCUCUCCCCCGAGGGCCUGCUUCGGAAUUUGGGGAGAGCAGGAAGUGGGAGGUUAACGGGCUCAGGCGCCUAGCAGGAGAGAGAAGAGGGGGAGGAGGAGGAGGAGGAAGAGGCAGGUAAUGGUGGUGCUUUGUUGGGCGCAAGAGUUGCUGUUGCCGCCGCCGCCGCCGUUCGGAAGCCAAGGCGUCCCAGGAGCGAGAGGGAUGGUGGCGCCGCCGCCGCCGCCUCCCUUUUCCCUGGGGCCUGGAGGGGCAGGAAAGAAGGGCGGAGGAAGAACGUGAGCGCCCUCCGUCGUCGCUGCGGGGUCUAGGGCCUCCGCGUGGCCGCCUUUGGAAAGGGAUGGGCAGCCGGCCCUCCAUUGUCCGGCUGGAAGCGGCGCCGCUUUCUUAGAAGGAAAAGGGCAGCAUCGACGAAAAGGAAGACGUCUGACGGGGCCCUCAUGCCCAGAAGCCAGGUUAUUUUGACAAUCUGGAGAAUUGAUAGAAAAUGCAAAACAGUGAAGUAAUAAAGCCUGCCAAAUACUUCUCUGAAGUUGAGAAGAGUGUACUGCUUGCACUAGUUGAGAAAUACAAAUAUGUACUCGAAUGUAAAAAAAGUGAUGCAAGAACUAUUGCACUGAAACAACGGACCUGGCAGGCACUUGCUCAUGAAUAUAAUUCUCAACCAAGUGUUUCUCUCCGAGACUUCAAGCAAUUGAAGAAAUGCUGGGAGAACAUCAAGGCACGGACAAAGAAAAUAAUGGCACAUGAAAGACGAGACAAGGUAAAAAGAUGUAUUAGUCCACUUAUAAGUAAUCACAUCUUAGGAAAAGAGAAGAUCACCAGCAUGGUACCUGAGCAAGUAUACUUUUUACACAAUCCACCAGAAGAAGAUUCUGAAUAUCAUCCUGAAGCUUCCAGCCAAGAACCUUUCACUGUUAUAAACAGAGAACUCUGUGAUGAAGAGAAAGAACUUGUACAUUUCCAGGUAUGUGAAGGUACCUCACAACCAGAACCCUCCUGUUCAGCUGUGAGAAUAACUGGAAAUAAAAACUUCAGGAGUAAAGGUGUCCAAGAAAGUGAUCUGAAAAAGAUGCAUGAAGAAGAGCACCACCAGCAAAUGUCUAUCUUGCAAUUGCAGCUGAUCCAGAUGAAUGAAGUGCAUGUGGCAAAGAUUCAGCAAAUAGAAAGGGAGUGUGAGAUGGCUGAAGAGGAACACAGAAUCAAGAUGGAGGUGCUCAACAAAAAAAAAAUGUACUGGGAGAGGAAACUUCAAACUGUUGCAAAAGAGUGGCCUGUCUCAUCUUUUAAUAGACCAUUCCCAAAUUCACCUUAAGAGAAUUCUGCAGCCAGCAGUACAUGGGGCUGAAGUCACUGGCUUAUGAAAAGGCAGUUGGGGUGCGGUCAAUUAAACUAGAUUAAUAUUUUUAGUGUGUGAGAAUAGCUGCUCAGUUGGCUGUGAACAAACUUUGAAGAAUACGUAAGUAAAUAAUGUGAUGUCUAAUGUCAAAUAAAAUCUCCUCUUGGGUAGUUGCAAUUAGAGUAGAUCAAAUGAAUCCGUUCUUAAAUGGUGAGUUAACUGAAUCUAACUGAUUCAGUAGGUCUACUGUAGUUGGAACUAACAAUAGGCCAGGUUCUUUGGAGGGCAAAUGGUAUUACUACUCCUGGUGGGAUACUUUGAUUCACACAGUAGCUUCUAUCAAAGUCAUUUGGGCUGUCCUCCAGUGUCCACCUUUGUUCUUGAAAGUUCUUUUAUCAGAUUAGCAGUUGGAAUUCCUACAUCCUCUAUUUCAGUCUGUUUACAAGUGCAGAAAGACACCUCUUGUUCAAGGGGUGAAAUAUGAUUUCUCUCUAUAAUGUUGUGUUGAGAUGAGGCUCUAGCCAUUUGUCAGUGAUCCGGAGGAUGUACCUGCUUGCCUUCUGGAGUAUUUAGUACAGGGGUAGGAACUGUGUGCCCUUUUAGUUGUUAGAUUGCAAAUCCCAACAGUCCUUGUCAGUGGCUAGUCUGGCCAUGGCUAUUGGGUGUUAGAACUUGUCAAUACCUGGAAGGCCAUACAAUUCUGAGCCCCAGUUCUGAGAUAUGUGAGGCACUUCAGCCUCACAAUUGUCACAUGAGGAAAGGGAAUUCAAAGCUUUUAAACAACAGGCUCGCUGCUUUUUACAGUUUCUGGUUACAAGAAGAGUGUCCUUCCUACCACCCAUACAUGUGCACACUUGCACACACUUCUCUCCUGGCUAAUCAUUUGGAUCCAUGCAUUCAGUUCACAAUAGAAGGCUGGCUAACUUAGUAGCUACAGGUCUGAGAUAAAAUUUAAUUUUUCUGGCAUCUUUUCUGCAGUGGAAGACUCUCCAUCAAGAUAACUAUUGUAAUGUACAUCUUACAGUUUGAUCAUAUGUAUGUUUAGUCCAAUGUAAAUUCACAUAAGAUCACAGCCUUACUGUGAUAUUAUGCAGGGGAUCCACCAGGUGGUUCAGUUCAGUUUGUUUGGCUUCACAUCAUGUUAGUACAAAACCACCAUACAAUCUGGUGCAAGUCUGGUCCUUUUAUUUCCUGGAUAGCCUUCAUGGUGCAAGUAUCUCUGAGUCCCUGUCCCUAGCAGCCACAGCUUUAAAAUGAGCAAGGGAUUAUAGGAUUAAGCCCAAACCGAAAUGUAGAAAAUUAUAAAGUACAGUUUACUGUGUUACUCUUAGAUGUAAAAAUAUAAUGGCUUGAAGUACUCCUGCGUGUAAAAAUAUAAUGAAUGUAUAAGGCAAGUGCAAGUAUGCAUAGCAGAGAGCUGGGAUUAGCUGUGGGUCCACUUGUAUACAAAUUGAGAAACAAAUGUUAAAAUUACCAAAUGUAAGAAACAGCCUUUGAAGAGGUAUCAUCUUUGUUUACAGCUGGGUGGCAAGGAGAAGAGAGAAAGACCCCCAUGCUUCCAUAUUUGGGAUAAAAGACAAGCAAGAAUUUUCCCAUUUCUUAUGAAGCACUAACUGUGAAUGUUCAUGAUUUCAUAGAAUCAGAGAAUCUUAAAGCUGGAAUGGACCACAGGGACCAUCUAGUCCAAUUCCCUGCUGUGCAGGAAUACACAGUGUAAGGAUUCCUGAAAGGUGCUCAUUCAACCUCUGUUUAAAGACACCCAAAGAUAAAGAGUCCACCACCCUUCAGUGCAACUUAUUCCACUACCAAAUAGUUCUUACGGUAAAAAAAAACCCUUCUUUUUAAUAUUUAGGUGGAAUCUCUUUUCUUGUAAUUUGAAUUCAUUGGUUCUAGUCUCUGAAGCAGCACAAAACAAGUUUGCUCCAUCUUCUCAUACAUAACAUCCCUUCAAAUAUUUCAUGAUAACUAUCAUGUUCCCUCUCAAUCUUCUCUUCUCCAAAUUAAACAUAACCAGCUCCCUAAGUCAUUCUUCAUAAGGCUUGUUUUGUUGACCAAUAUGUAGAUUAUAUUGGUCACUCUUCUGUGGGCACGUUCCAGCUUGUCAAUGUCCUGUUUCAACUAUUGUACCCAGAACUGUAUUCUAUUGCAGGUGAGGUAUUCUGACCAAAGCAUAAUAGAUUGGAACUUUUCUUUCAUUUUAUUCCUGCUGAUGCAGCCCAGAAUUGUAUUGCUUUUUUGGCUGUUGCAUCACAUUGUUAACUCAUGUUUAGGUUAUGGUCCACCAAAUCAUAGAUUUUUGACAUGUACUGCUUUCAAGCCGAAUGUCACCCAUCCUAUAUUUGUGCAUUUUUUUCUUGUCUACAUGUAGCACCUUAUAUUUAUCCCUGUUAAAUUUGUUUUCUUAGUUUUGACCCAGUUCUCAAAUUGAUCAAGGUCAUUUUGAAUUCUGUUCCAAUCUCUUGGGACCCCCUGGUUUGGAGUCAUCUGCAAACGUGAUAAGCAUGCCCUUCUAUUCUGUAACCUAAUUCAUUUAUAAAGAUGUUAAACAACAUCAGGCCCAGGACAGAACCCUGAGGUAUCCCAGUCAUCACUUCUCUUCAGGAUGAAGAAUACGCUCUGGUGAGUACACUCUGGGUUCAUUCUGUUAUCAAGCCUCUAGCUUUACCACAAAAAAGAGAGAGAGAGAGAGAAAAUUAAUUUGGCAUGGCUUUUUUUUUUUUUUUUUUUUUUUUUUUGAGAAUAACCCCAUGCUGGCUCUUAACAAACACAUCAUCCCUUUCUGAGUGCACACAGACUGACUAAUGAUCUGUUCUAGAAUCUUUCCCGCUAAUGACAAACUGACUGAUUAGUAGUUGCUAGGAUCCUUUUUUUUGCUCUUUUUUAACACGGUGAGAACAUUUGCACUCCAGUCUGCCAGGACCUCCUAUCCUUCAAAAAAUUUCACAAAUUAUUGACAGUGCCUCUGAGAUUAGAUCUCCGAGUGUCUUUCAUAGUCUUGGAUGCAACUCAUCUGGCUCUGGAGAUGUGAAUUAAUUUAGAAGAGCUAGAUAUUCUUUUGCUACCUCUUUUGCUAUUCUGGGCUGUAGUCCCUUGCUGCAUGAUUUGUUCUAGUUUUAGAGCACUGCUUUUCUUUAGGAAGAAGACUGAAGCAAAAACGCUGAAUAGUUCAGUGUUUUCUCAGUCACCUGCUAGCAUUUCACCAUUUUCUCUGCGCAGUAGCAAGCAUAGCCCAAAUCUCCUUUUUAUUAUUUUUAAUCUCUCUUAUGAGCCUGGACUCAUUCUGACCUUUAUCUUUCCCCCCUACAAGUAUUGCCUCUUCAUAUUCCUCUUUGGUGGUUUCCCUCUUCUGCCAUUUUUUAUACAUGUCUCUUAAAUCUCAGUUCAUCUGAAAGUUCUUGGAACGUUCACCCUGGUUAUUUUAGACACCUCCCACUUCUUCCUUGGAAUUGUUUACAACUGUGCCUUCAGUAUCUUGCCUUUAAGAAACACCCCAUACAUCACAAACUCCCUUUACUUUGAGCAUUUUUGCGUUGGAUUUCCCCAUGUAUUUUCCUAAGCUUAUUAAAAUAAGCUUUCUUGAAGUCCAGUGUGUGUGUCUGACUAUUUCCCCUGUAUAACAAGUCAAAAGAGAAUCUGGUCAGUCUUACCUGAGGAUCCCACUAUUCCCACUCCAUUGAAUCAAAUCCAAAUUAGAUGAUACCCUUGUUGCUUGUUUCAUCUUUUGAAAUUGGCUAGAAGGUAAGUAUAUAAAAUGGCAAAAAUAAGGUUUGCUUUUUGGAAUUUUAUUCAUUUUAUUUAUUUUUAAUACUUUCAAAUUGUGGAUGGAAUCUGUGGAUAAAGAAUCUAUGAAUAUGAAGGACUUGCUCUCCAUAUUCUGUCCAUAGUAGGAUUCAGCAAGUUGAGGAUAUUGCAAGUUUUUAUCAACCCAUGUUUAAUCAUUGCAGUUUGGCAGAAUAUUUUAAAAAUGUAAAAAUGAGUUUUGUUUGGGAUUUAAUUAAAGCAUUCUUCAAAUUCAUGUAUAAGAUGGCAAUUGUACAUUAUUAGUGUGCCAUUCCCAUCCCUCCCCCACACUUUCCACUGGUUAUGAUGAAUGUGUACAGAGUUUUUCUUGCUGAAUAUUUGCAAAAUAUAUGUCCUCUUGAACUUCUAAGGAUGGCUCU